AUGGAGCGCCUCUCGAUCCACGACCCCCCGCCUGCCGCCACGCAACAGUCGCAACAACAACCACCCCAACAGCAACAACAAAAUCUCGGAUCAGCCUCGAUGGUUACACAAGGACCGCCUCAAUUACCGCCGCAGAUGUUUACGACUGCUGCUCAGUUGCUGGAUUUGACGGAUAAGAAGCUGGUUUUGGUCCUUCGUGAUGGGAGAAAAUUGGUUGGGGUGUUGAGGAGUUGGGAUCAGUUUGCGAACCUCGUGCUUCAAGAUACCGUCGAACGAAUCUACGCCGGGGGCCUUUAUGCCGAUAUUCCCCGGGGGAUCUUCAUUGUUCGGGGAGAGAAUGUCUUGUUGCUUGGGGAAAUUGAUCUAGAUAGGGAAGACGAUGUCCCCCCGAAUAUCCAACAAGCGCCAUUCGAAGAAGUCUAUGCAUUGAAGAAAAAGGAGGACUCGGAACGGCAGACCAGCGACAAGAAACGACAUGGCAAUUUACAAAAACUGGGAUUCGAAGCUGAACAUAGUGGGGAGACUCUUCUGUUUUAG